AUGACUGAACGGUUACCAAAUCCGAAUCCAUACCUAAGUGCUAGCAAAUGGUCGCAAUUAUUUUAUGGGUGGGUAUCUUCUCUCCUCACACAAAGUCGAAAAGAGGGCACACUUCAAAUUACCGAUCUCUACAAUCUUCCUCCUCAUCUUGAAUCUACAAUACUCACCGAUAAACUCGAAACUAACUGGUUUGACGAAAUUAAACAGAAUCCGGAGAAACCGAGUCUAUUUCGAGCCACACUACGGACCAUGAGAUGGAAACCACUUCUGCUCGGACUACUACUUCUUGUCAAUGAAUUGUUAAAUAUCGCUCAGCCACUUUUGCUCAUAUUUCUCAUGGACUUCUUCGAGCCGUGUUCUGCAAUGUCCGCUUGGCGCGCAUGGUUCCUAGCCAUUAGUACAGUUUUUGUAGCAUUUGUGUCCAGUAUUAUUUUCAAUCAGAGUUAUUAUCAAAUUUUAUCCCUGGCCCUACAAAUGCGUAUUGCUUACACUGGUCUUGUUUUUCGAAAAGUGCUUCGUUUGUCGAGUUACUCCAUGAACAAUAUCAGUUCCGGUAAAAUCACGAACAUUUUAUCAAACGAUGCCAGUCAAAUUGAAACGGUUCUUAUUUUCCUCAAUUAUUUGUGGGUAUGUUGGUAA